GCAUUACUAGAUUUGAUCUAGAUCUACAUCUAGAUCUAGUUCAUCUCUAGAUCUAUCAUCUAGAAUCUAAAUUCUAGAUCGAGACUCUAUAUAUAGAUAUAUACUAUAUACUACUGUAACUAUAGUCUAUACUUAGAGUCAAUAGUCAUAGAUCUACAUCUUUAAUGAUAAUCUAGAUCUAGAGUAGUCUAGAAUCUAGAUUAAAUCUAAAUAUCGGCUAUGUAAACUGUCAUAAUAAAUCAAAAUAUGAUGAUUGAGGUAUUUACCAAAAAGCGUAUUUUGAUCUUGUCUGCUUUUGUAGCCUCAUUCACAAUAGCUGCACUGGUUCUUAAAAGUCACUGGGAAUACACCAGACAAUUAGCAAUGCAAGAGGAGAGCAUUAAAAGCAAAGUUAAAAAAGCUGCAUCAUGUGAUGUAUUCUCAUCUGUUUCUCAUUGCCAGAGAUGUCCCAAAGAAGAACUGAGGUCUGAAAUUUCCUAUUGCAUGCAGACAGGUUAUAAAGAAUUGAUUAAAUGUGAUAAUGGAAAAGAAGAGUAUAUUUGGUGUGAUAUUUCCCCUGCUGUUGAAGAAUCUGACUUCUGGAAAUUUGAGUUAUGCACACUUUUGCUGGGAUUGUCAUCAUAUGCUGUGGUUUAUUUGCGGCAAAGAAAACUUGAUAAGAGACUCAUGGAAAAAAUUAAUAAACAAAUAGCAGCUGGGAUAUGAGGCCUAUUCUAUGCACUAAACUGAAAUGUGGUUUGUGAAUUAAUUUUUAGUUGUUUGUUUGGUUAGUAGCAUAUAUUCCUUUUUUUUUAAGAAUGAACAAAAAAUGUGUGAAGCAUUCCUUGUGAUUUAAGUUGUGAUAUUAUUUUCUGAUGAAAUCAGCCACCAGGUGAAAAAGUAAUUUUGAAGAAAUAAAAAUUUCCCAAUAGAUAUUCUAAAGAGAGACUCAUUUGAUCAGAAAUCCAAAGGUUUUUAGAGAGUGACUAUACUUAAUACUUAAUCCUCCUAGUGUCUUGUUCUGUCAGUGACUGACACAUUUAUGUUUUAAUAUAUGAUGUUAUAAGUGACUUCAAAAACAAUAUUGUCCAUAUAAAUGUAAAAAUUAGUAACUUUAUUGUGUAGCAACUUAUAUUUAAUCUAGUGAAAAUCAAAUUGAUAAAAUCUCUCUAGCUCUCAAAAGGUUGAGAGCCCUUGCCAUGACAAACAGUGAAAAUGUUGAACAGUUUUUGUUUGUCUUGGUUGUUAUGGAAUAAGAAUGAAAACAAGACUUGUGUGUGUACUUUAUUGACUCAAAUAGUGUUAAUCAUUUAAUUGUAUAUAAAUAUUGCUUUCUUUAUCAACUUUGUUUCUACUUCAUUUAGUAACUUUAAAACAGGUUAAAAUUGUUUUGAUUUAUAAUUUCAUUCACCAUAAAUUAUUAUUUUAUUUUUAACUCUUCUUAAAGAGUGACUUAGGGGCAAUGUUUAUGUAAAUAUGGAUCCAAGUACAUUGUUAAAUCAAGGUUUUUCUUUCUUUUAAAGUUGUCAUGAAAUGAAAGAAUUUUACAUUUUUAAAUGUUGAAAGCAUAAAGUUUUACUGCACCAGCCAGCCCUCCUCUGUCCUUAGUCACGCCACAUUGGUUCAAUAAAACAAGAAAAGUGGCUUGUAUUUUUUUUUUAACUAUUUCUAUUUGUCUUGUCUUUGUUACUGCAAUCUUACCUUGCUACUAGCCAAGAUUUUAAAAGUAUUUUUUUUUAAAUUGCAAAUACUAAUUGAUUGUGUUAUAGCAAGUCAAACCUGAACAUUUUAAUGAAAAUGAAUAAUAGGAAUUGGUUAGUAAUGUUAACAGGUCUAAAAUAAACUUAAAUACUAGAAAUGUAUUAAGUAUCUUUCUGUAUGAUCCUGUCUGAGGGAUAGGUCAGUUAAAUCAAAUUAGUUGUUACUGACUUCCAUUACAGAGAUGCCUACAAGUGCGCAUCUUGUAUAUUUUGUAUGCAAAUGGACUAAAAAAUACACUAGUACGGCUUGUCAUCUGAAAAUACAAAUUUCCCCCUCUAAAGCAAAAAAAAAAAAAAAUUACAUAAAAAAAAAGUAGUUCUUGCUAUAGAUCAGUGCGUCAGUGGCUGGAAAUGGACUAUUCCUAUUAGAUCUACCACGAGGUAGUAUUGCUUUUUUUUUUCCAGUGUCUGGAUACCUUGUAACAAAAUUGCCUGUAAAUAAAACUGCUUUUAUAGAAUUAGAUGUCACUGAUCAAACUAAGCAAACUAUUACAUCUGGUGUAAGUCUAAUUUCACUUGUAACAAAAAUUCCUCUUCUUUUGAAUGAAUUUUCUGUUGCCACUAUUAUGGAAUGUUGAAUACACUAGAGGUAAUAUGAUCAUAAAAUCAUUGCCAACUGACAAGAAGGGCAUCUUUCUAACAUUUUCUAGAAAAGUCUAUGAGGAACACUCUAAGUUUAAAUAUUUUGACAAAUGUACAGAAUGUCUUAUAUAACUUUAAGCUGUGCUAACUUAAGAAUUGCUGCAUUUCUUGUAUGUUACCUGAGUAUAUGUAUCUUUAUAUUUAGGAACAUACAUAUUUGCAUUUUGGCAUGUAGGCAUCUCUGCCAUUAGUAAAGGAAGAAUAGUUAUGGCCAUAUAUUUGUUCUUAAGAUGCUAAGAAAUGAUCUACAUCUGGCCAGACUUUUGACCAUGGAAUUCAUCUCUAUUAGAAUCUAUGAUAUUGUUUGCAAUAUUCCAUGUAUAUAUUACUAAUUAAGCUUGAGCUAUGUUAUAGUCAAAGUAGAGGUAAAUUAUUUGCUUACUAAAUCUAACAAUAUACAGGAUUAAUUAGAACUGUGCAAGUUCAUUGAAAGUCAGUACUAGCCUAUUGACCAUUAUUUCAUCAUUUCUUAUUGUAUUAUUAUUAUUAUAUAAAUAAACCGUAUGGUUUAAAUA